GAACUGCUCCCAAAUUUCCACUUCCCGGCAGCCAUGGUUGACCACAAACGCCGGAAGAUUAGCAUGCAUGCAACUCAGCAACUCAACCUCGUAGCACUAUAAAUAGGGGCCAGUGUGUGUAUGCCCAUCUCAAAUCGAAGCUGCAGAGACCUUACUGCUUAAGUACACGAAGCUUCACUGAGCCAGCAGCUGGCUGCCAUGGCGGCUCGGGCUCCUACCUUGAUGCAAUGCCUGCUCGCCUUCUCCCUCCUCUCCUUGACCGCCCACGCGCAGCUCUCCACGACCUUCUACGCGUCCUCCUGCCCCAACCUGCAGAGCAUCGUGCGGGCGGCCAUGACCCAGGCCGUCAGCAACGAGAGGAGGAUCGGCGCCUCCCUGCUCAGGCUCUUCUUCCACGACUGCUUCGUGCAAGGAUGCGACGGUUCGAUCCUUCUCGACGCCGGAGGGGAGAAGACCGCCGGCCCGAACGCGAACUCGGUGCGCGGGUUUGAGGUCAUCGACACCAUCAAGAGGAACGUCGAGGCCGCGUGCCCCGGCGUCGUGUCGUGCGCCGACAUCCUCGCGCUCGCCGCGCGCGACGGGACCAAUCUUCUCGGCGGACCGAGCUGGAACGUGCCGCUGGGCCGGCGCGACUCGACGACGGCAAGCGCGUCCCUCGCCAACCAGAACCUGCCGCCGUCGACGGCCAGCCUCGGCACGCUCGUCUCCCUGUUCGGCCGGCAGGGCCUCUCGGCGCGCGACAUGACGGCGCUGUCGGGCGCACACACCAUCGGGCAGGCCCGGUGCACCACCUUCCGCGCCCGCAUCUACGGCGGCGACGCCAACAUCGACGCCUCCUUCGCGGCGCUCCGGCAGCAGACGUGCCCGCGGUCCGGCGGCGACGGCAACCUGGCGCCCAUCGACGCGCAGACCCCGGUGGCGUUCGACACGGCCUACUUCACCAACCUGCUGUCGCGGCGGGGCCUGUUCCACUCCGACCAGGAGCUCUUCAACGGCGGGUCGCAGGACGCGCUGGUGCGGCAGUACAGCGCCAGCCCCUCGCUCUUCAACAGCGACUUCGCGGCGGCCAUGAUAAAGAUGGGCAACAUCGGGGCCGGCAACGCCGGGCAGAUCAGGCGCAACUGCCGGGUCGUCAACAGCUAGAUACGCAUAGCUUGCUGAUCGAUCGACCGUCAUGGGACGAUCUAUCGACAGGUCGCCUUAUGAUGAACUAACUAGUCUCUAUAUUACUAGCUAGUAGUAUAGCUGUAGAACUCAGAAGAAUAAGUGGUGAACGACCAGGGCAAGAGCCAAGAAGUGAUCGAGAAGCAGCAUCACUCUUUGCAUGGCCAGGUUAACGAAACUGUUCACCUGGCCAUUUUCGAUGGAUUGUCCAUGCUGGAUGUGUGCGCCAAAUGAAGGCACGCCAAAAAAAAUCUCCUCAUAUAUUAUACUAUGUUUUUUUCUUUUCUCCA